ACAUAUUGAUUAUAAAGACCGGACAAGUUUUACAAGGCUAUCGAAUUUCAUUUCGGGCGAGGGAUUGAUUAAAAAAGAAAGGGAAAAGUUGUGUGAAUCCCAGUUCUAGACCAUGGCCACUCCUUCAUCCUCAGUCAUCUCCUAUCUUUUGUAUCGGCGGCAUCCUUUAGUCAUCGUAUGAUUCGAACAUUUCGAAGUUUUCAGCGUACCAAACGAUGCCUGUCGAAUCCCCAUCUGGGGCCGAAAAAGUCAAACGACUGCAGGGUACCGACUCUCAGAAUGAACUGCUGGAAGUUAAAGUCGUGAUACCAGAAUCGACAAACGAAAGGAUGUUCAGUUUUAGGAAAUUAUGGGCUUUCACUGGCCCUGGAUUUUUGAUGAGCAUCGCUUUCCUCGACCCAGGCAACAUCGAUGCUGAUUUGCAAUCGGGUGCUCAGGCCAAUUACGAGCUAUUUUGGGUUUUGUUCUGGUCGACAGUACUUGGAUUGCUUAUCCAAAGGCUUGCCGCUCGCGUAGGAACGAUAACGGGACAGCAUUUGUCGGAAAUCUGCUACACCGAGUACAGAACUGUGCCCAGGAUUUUUCUAUGGCUCAUGAUCGAGAUUGCGAUCAUAGGAUCGGACAUGCAGGAGGUCGUCGGAACGGCUACAGCAAUUUACCUUCUCUCCAGCGGGAAAGUGCCACUUUAUGCAGGAGUUAUAAUAACAGUAUUUGACACACUGACAUUUCUUUUCUUGGACAAAUACGGCUUGAGAAAACUAGAGAUGUUCUUCGCUUUGUUGAUAACCAUUAUGGCUGUAACAUUUGGCUACGAGUUCGUCGUCGCAAAGCCAGACGCGGCGAGCAUUUUCGAAGGUAUCGCCAUCCCACGUUGUACCAAUUGCAAAACGGACAAAAUCCUCCUCAUGAUCGGGAUCGUCGGAUCGUGCAUAAGCCCUCAUAACCUCUACCUUCACUCCGGCCUGGUUAAGUCCCGCGACAUCGAUAGGACCAAAAGUAGGAACAUAUCGGAGGCUAACUUUUACUAUUUCAUCGAGUGCGCACUGGCCCUGGCCGUCACAUUUGUCAUCAAUUUAUUUGUAAUGUCUGUAUUUGCAAAAGGUCUGUUUGGAAAGACAAACAUCGAUGUGUAUGGUCUUUGUGUGGAAAGUGGAAACCCCUGGGCCUACGAAUUCAAUACCUCUAGUCUUGAACCGUACAGUCCUGUGGAUGUGAAUAUGUACAAAGGCGGUAUCUAUUUAGGAUGCCAGUUCGGUUUUGCGGCCCUUAUCGUCUGGGCAAUCGGGCUGUUGGCAGCAGGACAGAGCAGUACCAUGACAGGCUGUUAUGCCGGACAAUUCGCCAUGGAGGGGUUUCUGAAACUCACAUGGAGAAGAUGGAUUAGAGUGCUGUUUACGAGGAGUAUCGCUGUCGUGCCGUCCUUUAUCGUCGCCUAUUACCAGGACGUCCAGCAGUUCACUACGAUGAACGACUUCUUAAACGCUUUGAUGUGCAUCCAGCUACCGUUCGCAGUCAUUCCCGUCAUAGCAUUUACUUCGAAUUCGAGAAUAGCCGGCGAAUUCGCGAACGGCAUUUGCCACAAAAUCAUAGCACUGGGUAUUUUCUUCCUGAUCUUCGCCGGAAACGCGAUCCUCGUCUAUAAGUACAUCGUCGACAUAGAAACUACCUGGAUACUCGUCCUGAUUGGAAUCUAUUUCCUGAUAUAUAUCAUCAUGUGUAUAUACUUGGCACUGCACUGCUUCGCCUCCUUGACCAGCCCUGACAGCUGUAUAAAUAAAAACGAGUUUAUGAAAAAGUACAUUCUAGGACAGUCUAUGUUAGAUUACUACGAGGAGAUUGAUAGGAUAGAAAACAGAAUUCUUGUAGCUGAGGAUUUUAAUGACACUUCGAUGCCAAGUAGCCUCGACAACAUUGAUGAAGACGAGGGCGAAGACGACUCGCUUGUUUAUUGAUGUUUUGUCUUGUUUGGUAACAACUGUGAUUUUGGUGUUGGGGGUACGAACCGAAGUACACCAUCCCAUACACCCUUGACACCGGUGAUCCCAAAUAUCGCUAUUAAAAAAAAAAAAAAUACAACUUUUAUACAUAUUUUUUUAUAAAAACUUUUAUUUAAUCAGAUUCAAAUUUUUGAAACUUUUUUAAAAGAAUUAUUUUUCGAAAUUAAGUACAGAUUGUAAUAUUCAAGCUGUAGAAAAUAAACCAUUUACCACAAUAACUCCAAUAUUUUAAACCGAUGUUAAUUAAGCCCGGUUUUAUUGAGUUUUUGUUGUUGUGAACAGUCUGUAAUAAAAAAUGAAAAAAAAUUAAAAAAAA